AUGGCUAACUUGCUCGGAAAGGUGGUCCGUAUUGAUGCGGACGGCGCUGCGCCUGCCCUGUCGGCUCUGCCGGAAGUCGCUGCACAGGUCAAGGCGCAGUGGCAAAGCAGCCGUGCUUCCGCUGCCAAGGCCGGCGAACUACGUGUGCUGUACCCUACGUCGUCGGAUCCCAUUGCUGCUGUAGCUACCGGCGAGCAGCACGAGGCGCCUACGACUGGCCCAGAUGCUCUGCCCCCAGCUGCCACGUUCCUGCGCAACGAGCGUUUGGAGCAGACGCGCUUGGCCGCUGCGAAGGGCGUGCGCGCUCUUCGCGAUCUUGGCAAGGACGAAGGCGAGCGCCAGGUUCACGUCGAUACCUUUAGCAGUGCGCAUGCCGCUGCCGUCGGCUCGAUCCUCGGUUUGUGGAAUGUGAAUCACUUCAAGACACGCGGCUCGGCGCCGGCGUGGGGCCAGCCGCUGGAAAAGCAGGGUGGUCGUCAUAUCGAGGUGGUGCCGCUCAGUGGUGCCUCGUCGGUCGAGCAGAAGAAGAAGCUGCUGGACGAUGCAGACGAUCUCGCUGCUACAACGACGCCUCUCAGCUGGUACACGGGUGAGGUGUAUGCCAAAGCACAGAACUGGUCGCGCGAAUUGCAGGAGACGCCGGCGAAUUUACUCACGCCGGCGAUCUUUGCGGAGCGUGUGCAGGAGGCCUUCAAGCAUGUGCCAAACACGCAGGUCAAGGUCCAUGAUGCUGACUGGGCGCGUGAGCAGAACAUGAACCUGUUCCUGUCCGUCGCGCAGGGCUCGGACCAGCCGUGCAAGUUUGUCGAGAUCCAGUACCAUGGCGCCCCUGAUCACGACGCGGCGCCGCUGGCGCUCGUCGGCAAGGGCGUGACCUUCGACUCGGGUGGUAUCAGCCUCAAGCCUGGCGCAGGUAUGGACCUCAUGCGUGCGGACAUGGGUGGCGCGGCCGCCGUCGUGGCCUCGACGUUGGCCAUUGCGCAGCUGGGUCUCCCGAUCAACCUGGUCACUGUGAUGCCUCUCACAGAAAACAUGCCGAGUGGCCGUGCGACCAAGCCGGGCGACGUUUUCCAGGCCCGCAACGGCCUCACGGUGGUGAUCGACAACACGGAUGCGGAGGGCCGCCUGAUCCUGGCCGAUGCGCUGUCGUACGUGUCUGACACGUACAAGCCGCACACGGUGAUUGACGUCGCGACACUGACGGGCGCGUGUGUGAUCGCGCUGGGCGACGUCUACUCGGGCGUGUUUACGGAGACCGAGUCGCUCUGGCAGGAGCUCAAGGUCGCGUCGGAGGCGGAGAACGACCUGUGCUGGCGUAUGCCGCUGACAGAUCGCUACCUCACGCAGAUCUCCAAGGUGAAUGCCGACUUGGUCAACACGGGUGGCCGUCCCGCUGGCUCGUGCACAGCUGCGGUGUUCCUCAAGCAGUUUGUCCACGGCUUGGGCGACCGCACCAAGGGCGAGGCACCUAGCGUGCGCUAUGCUCACAUUGACAUUGCUGGCUCCAUGGAGGCCGCGGUGAACACGCUGAAUGACUACCAGGGCAAGGGCCUGACGGGUCGGCCUGUGCGUGCACUCAUUGAGUUUGCUCGUCGUCUCGCGUACCAGUCGUAA